UGCUGCCUUCACCCAAGCAACAAGAGGGCUAAACACAGCAUCUCAAGGGAAUCAGCACAGGCUUGCCCUCAAACCAGUGUGCGGAGAGAGGAUCCUUUCCUCCUUGUCUGGAAAUGGAAAGCAAAGAUGCCACAGGGAAAGAGAGUGCAGGGGCCAAGAAGAAGAACCUGACCUUCUUAAAGCAGAGGUUGUACAUGCUGGAAAGGAGGAAGACAGACACCAUUGUGGAGAAAAACGUUUCUGGGGACCACAACAGCUCUGGAACAUUGAGGAGGAGUCAGUCUGACAGGAGUGAAUACAGCCAGAAAUUACAAGAAAAGAUGGCACCACAAGCAGGGUCCGCGGGCCCAGUUGGUUCUCCCCUGGAAAGUGAAGAGCAACAGAAUAGGCGUAUGAUGGCCAAAAGGCAGAAGAUAAUUGCUGAAAUGGUGCAGACAGAAAGAGAUUAUUUCCACAAUCUGGAUCUCUGCAUCAGAAUAGUGGUUGAGCCCUUAAGAAGAAUGCAGAUUGCUAGGUUUGAUGUGGAUGGCUUAUUUAGCAACAUUGAAUCAGUCCAUCAGAUAUCAGCCAAACUGCUGUCAUUGUUGGAAGAAGCAACAGCGGACGUGGAGCCAGCCAUGCAAGUAAUUGGGGGAGCAUUCUUGCAGAUUAAAGACUUGUUAGAAGACACAUAUAAGGUCUACUGUUACCACCAUGAUGAUGCACACAUCCUGCUGGAGUCCUAUGAAAAGGACGAGGAGCUGAAGCAACAUUUAAGAGAUUGCUUACAAGCUUUAAAAAAGAUAUACGAAGAAGGGGGGAAACCAAAUUUACUGGACAUGGGAUCUCUGAUGAUCAAACCAAUACAGCGUGUGAUGAAAUAUCCUUUGUUACUAUGUGAGCUUUUGAAUUCGACACCUGUGUCCCACCCAGACCACAAAGCUCUGCAAGAGGCACUGGCUGCUGUGAAAAUCAUGAACAUGAACAUCAAUGAACUCAAAAGAAGGAAGGAUUUAGUCUUGAAGUAUAAGAAGAAUGAUGAAGAUGAAUCGCUGAAAGAGAAAUUUUCAAGGCUGAAUAUUCACUCCAUUAGUAAAAAGUCCAAGAGAGUCACUAGUCACCUGAAAAUUCUGACCGGUGGAGAACCUCAGGUGAAAGAUGAAAUUUUUAAUAAGGAAGAGAAGUUGUUCAGAAACUUAGAAAAGACGAAACUCUGCUUAAAGAAUAUUGCAUUGUCUUCACAACAUCUGGAGGAGUCGAUGCUUCUAUCUGUUCAGAAUGCAGCUGACCUUCAAGAUAUGCUACAUGAGAGAGAGGACUCUGGCUCUUUGAACACAUCAAUGAAUGCUGAAAACCCUUAUGACAGAUUUGCCAGCCAGCUAGACAAGAUGGUUUUGACUCCGCUGUCAGCAUUGCAAGCCUUGUUCCCGGGACCUCAGAAGUUAAUUCAGAAACGUUAUGACAAACUGCUGGACUACAAUGGCUACCACCAAAAGGCUGCAGGGGAGGAGAUGGAUCUGGCCAGAAAAGAGUACGAGGCUCUCAAUGCUCAGCUGGUGGAGGAGCUUCAGAGAUUCAAUGAGGCAGCAAGGAAAAUUGUGACAAACUGCCUGUGCAGCUUCAUCAUUCUCCUGAGAGAUCUGAUGUCAUCAGCACUGCAAGCCUGUUCCACUGGAGAAUCUCCUGGGCAUCUGUCUUGUCAAAAUAUCAGCGAGGUUCAACAUCAAGUGUUUGAAGAGGUACACAGUCUGAGUUUUGUUAAAGAAAGCAACAGCACAACUUUUCUGGAGAGGAAGCUGAGCUUUGAGAAAAAGAAACCUGCCCCUCCACAGCCUGAAUCUCCAAGGCAGACGGAAAGCCACAGGUCAAUCAUAUUGUCUACAUACAACUUGGAUUUGCUGUACCAAGCCAAGCGUAAGUGCAAUGCCACCCAGGAGUAUGAUAUCGAUCUAUACGAAGGAGAACUGGUGGCUGUUGUGGAGCAAAAGGAUCCCUUUGGAAGUGCAGGCAGAUGGCUGGUUGACACCGGAAUUUCGAAAGGAUAUGUUUACUCCUCCUUCUUGAAACCCUAUAAUCCAGCAAAGGUGCAAAAGGAUGCUGGGGAAGCCAGUUUUUGUGAUGGUGACUUUGAUAACAUCAGCCUCUUUGUCUCUUCACGGCAAAUGGAGGACGGCGGCACCAAAGCUGCUGGACAUAAGAGAAGUGACAGUGGCUCUUCCUAUAACAGUCUGAGUGAAAAACCUGCAGUUAAUGGGACAGAGACUGAUAGCAUUUAUGAAAUGGAUGACCAACAUACUUUCUAUGCGGUUCACGCAUUUCAAGCCAGGAGUCACCAGGAACUGAGUCUUGAGGAAUAUCAGCGGGUUCGGAUCCUUCGGUUUUCUGAUCUGAGUGGUAAUAAAGAAUGGUGGUUAGCUGAAGCAAAAGGAGAAAGAGGAUACGUGCCAGCUAAUUACCUUGGGAAGAUGACAUAUGCUUAAUGAAGAACAUUAAUAGGACUUGAGAUGGCACAUUGGCACCAAAAGACUUCAUUUUUGUUAUUGUUGGUAUCAACCGUGUGUGCUUUUGUACCUGCAAAAGGAGUGGUACAUUUUAAAAUCAAAAGCUGAAGACUUCAUAUAUGUGUUUUCAUUCCUUUCCUGAAAUGCUUGCAAAGAAGAAUCGCCACUUAUAUCCGUGUCACAUUUCAGCCCUCGAGUUCUAGGAUAGUAGAGCCAUUUAACUAUGAUAUUCACUGGGUUUCCUUGGUGAAUCUUUAUGUUUUGGCCUAACUUAUGGUGUAGUGGCUAGAGUAGCAAGGUCGAAGUUCAGAUCUCCUCUCAGUGAUGAAGUUAAUUGGGUCAUCUUGGGCUAAAUCUCUUUUAGUUUAUCUACUUCACAGGAUUGUUGUAAGGAUAAAAUAAGGGAAAUUCUACAUGCUCUUGAGUUCCUCCAAAGAAGGGUGGACUAAAAACAGGAUGGAUGAAUAGCUAGCUAAUUGUUAUGAAGCUAAAAUGCUUUCCAGUUAGGGCUGGGUAGAAAACUUGCAUGUUCUGGAGGACAAUGAAGAAUUCACACACAAAUAAGGUUUUCCCAUCUUUAUACAGCAUUGAAAAAGGGCACGUAGUCUUCAAGAACUGUAAGAAAAAACAGUCUAUUAAAAAAGACACAUUUUGUGUCUUUUGAGACGAGUGGACUCUGUGACUCUCUCAGCAGGAAAUGUGCAAGUUCCUGUUGCAUUUUUAAUUCUAAUUCUACUGUUUAUGAAUAUUUCAAAAUUUUAGCAGCUGGGGAGGGCUAGAGAACUAGUUCAUACUGAUUGUAUCUCUGACAGUAGAUCCAGAGGAGUUAGCCGUGUUAGUCUG